AUGAUUACACUCACAGGAAGCUUUCCUCGAGCUAUCGUAGAUACCCUCAAACAAUCAUUCGACGAUGCAUGUACUGCUGUUGCUGACUGCUCCAGUAUUGGCGGCGUGACGUUAUGCACCGGUUCAAAGUGCGCUUGCGGGGCAAACUAUGCCACAGGAACUGCUGGAGACUUCACUUGCCUCGCACAGGUUGGCGCAACAUGCACGGCGUCGGGUAACGAAUGUUGGACACUUGCUGGGGGGUAUUGUGACACAGGGGCAACUUCCCCUGUCUGCGCGUGUGGCAAACUCUACACAGCCACCACAACAUGUGCCGUCAAGGCAUGUACGCUCGACUCAGUAUGCACUACUCUCGAUACCAACUCGUACUGUCUCAACGGUAAUUGUGCCUGUAAAGUCGGUUAUUCUGUCAACCCUGGCGGCACCACUGGCUUAUGCGAAUUAGUUGGAAGUAGUGACGCGAAGGGUGUAGUUGCAUCGAUGGCGGUUCUGAUAGGAAGUCUCAUUCUUACAGUUCUACACAUGUAAAGCGCGCCAAUACCGGAUAUCGACACAUGGCCUCACAAAUACGGAUUACGGAUUACCGGGCAAAAUAGAAAUCUCAUUUUCUUCAGAUCGUGAAUUAAUUUAACAAACAUAUUAUCCUGAAUGCGUGUGUACAUUGAUUAGUAGUACAGGAUUAUUUUACCUUUAUAUGUUCCAAUGUCAAAACUUUGACACGGAAGUUUUCAUUGAAUACAAAAAAAUUGGUUCAAAUGUGACAAGUUGAUGAUUUUGCUUAAGAAAACCAUGAAAUACAACCGUGAAAUGCAAGUUCAGUAAAAGCUUUGCGAAUAAGGUACAAUAAAAUAUUGGUACAUUUUUAACUCGGAAAAGCUUUCAGAUCUAUUGAGGAUUUUAAAUUGCUCUUGUUGAUGCUGUGUACUAUAAUUAUUGUGUAUUAAGUAAACAUGAGUUCGGCUGAACAGUUAUCUCCCUUGAUAGACGUUGGUAUUACUUUUAAAAUAUUGCGAUAGCAUUUUGUUGUUCAAUUUUUUUAAUGUAUGUGUAUCAGCUUUCUUUAGGUUGAAGACGACUGAUUAAGCCUGAGCCUGUUUACACAUUCAUGUUACUCCUUUAAAGCAUUUUCAACUAGGCAUAAACUACGUUCACUAUUGUUUGAGAACAAAACAAAACUGAAAGCUGAUCUGUAAUAUUUGUAUCAGUUUUUAUGUACGUUUCUGUAAUGAUAACAAUAGUGCUGUAGUGGUGAAGCGAAUUUUAUUUUGAAUCUGUGUUUAUUAUGAACAUUCAGUAUUUCAUUAUCAUGUGCUAAAGAACUGCGCACCGUCUGAUAUUCACUUUGGGUAUAUAUGUAAUCUUACGUACGUUUACUUUACAGUUAAUAUAGAAACAAGCUAUAACGUAGAAAUUAAAGAAUUAUAUAAACGUUGUUAUAACUAUAUUAUGAAAUAA